CUGGCUCUCGACCCCUCCGAGAAUCACCGACCGAGGGGAGAGCGGGGCUUCCAUCCACGGGGCGGCUGGGCUCGGGCGAGCUCCGUUACGGGGAAGCACUAUGAAGCGUGUGGGGAGUCUGCGCCUGCUUUCAGACCUGAGCAACUUCAGCGGCGCAGCCCGGCUCCGGGAGUUGUUGGCCGGGGACCCAGCCGUCCGAGUCCGCGGUAGCCUGGAUGGCCGCUACCUGCUGCUGCUGAGACCCCCGGGAUCACCCAGUCCGCAGCUGCUGGUGGCUGUGCGUGGGCCCGGCGUGGAGCUGGAGCGAGCCUGGCCGGAGGGCCAGCCCUCCCCGCUAGACGCCUUCUUCCUGCCCUGGCCUGCGCGCCCCGCGCUCAUCCUGGUGUGGGAGAGCGGCCUAGCCGAAGUCUGGGGCGCAGGCAUAGAGCCCGGCUGGCGGCUGCUUCAGAGCACCGAGCUGUGUCCGGCCGGGCGAGCCCGCGUGAUGGCCGUGGCGGCGCCGCGGGGCCGCCUGGUAUGGUGCGAGGAGCGACAGUCGGGCGCUGAGGACCAGCCAGGGCGACCCGCCACCGCCUUCAGCCACUGCGUUUGCGCCGUGAGUCUGGAGCCAAGCGGAGAGGCUGGUACCAUCCUGGGCCGCACACAGGUCCUGCUGCACCACUGCCCCUCUUUGGGGGUGAUAGCCUCCCGCAAAGACAUCUUUCUCGUGCCCACUGCGACCACCUGGCCUGGGGUGGCCCACAUCCUGCUCAUCUGGAGCCCCACCAAGGGCAAGGUGAUAGUGGCCGCCCCAGGUCUUGGCCUCUCCCACAGUAGAAGCCUGAAUCCCAGACAAGGGGACACCUGGGACUUUCGGACCCUGCUUCGAGGCCUUCCUGGGUUGCUGUCACCCAGGGAGCCAUUGGCUGUACACACCUGGGCUCCAACUCCUCAGGGCCUGCUGAUGCUUGACUUCAGAGGCACCGUGAGCCUAGUGCAGUCCCAUGGUUAUACCCGAACUGUUGGCACCCUGCAGGAAGCACCCAUAGGCCUGGACAGUUCUGCAGCCUUGGGAACAUUUCAUGGUACUCUGGCCUGUGUGUUGGGCUCCUCCCUGGAACUACUGGAUAUGGGAAGUGGGCAGCUGCUGGAGAGGAAAGUCCUAAGUACAGACAGAGUACAUUUGCUCGAGCCCCCAGCCCCUGGCACGAAGGAUGACAAAGAGCUGGAGACCCGAGGUCUGCGCUUGCUUUCAGCCUUGGGUCUGUUCUGUGUGGGUUGGGAAGCUUCCCGGGACCUUGACCUGCCCUCAGCCAGCAACCUGGUGUUUGAGGAGGCCUGCAGCUACUACCAACGGCGAAGCCUGCGAGGUGCCCAGCUCACUCCAGAGGAACUGAGACUCAACAGCACCUUCCAGGCACCUCAGGCCUUGGCCUCCAUCCUGCAAGGCCACCUACCUCCAUCUGCCCUGUUGACUACACUGAGAGCUGAGCUUCGGGAUUACCGGAGUUUAGAGCUGCUCAAGACCCAGCUGGUAGCUGGAGAUGAGGAGGAGGCUGGCUGGACUGAGCUGGCAGAACGUGAAGUGGCCCGCCUGCUGAGGACUGAGUUGACGGGAGACCACCUGGCCCAGCUCAACACUGUUUUCCAAGCCCUUCCUACUGCAGCCUGGGGUGCCACAUUCCGGACCCUACAGCUCCAACCGGAUGGGAAUGGCAAGCUGAGGUCUCAAGCUCCCCCUGAUGUGUGGAAGAGGGUGCUACAGGAUACAACAGCUACAAAGGACCCUCCCAAUGGGAUACUGCCUCCUUUUGAACUCCUGUGCCAGUGCUUAUGCCAGUUGGAGCCUCAGUGGUUGCCUCCCUUUGUAGAACUGGCACAGCUGCAGGGUGGGCCAGGAUGGGGGGCUGGAGGCCCAGGGCUACCCCUCUAUCGCCGGGCCCUAGCAGUGCUAGGUGAAGAUGGAACCAGACGUGAAGCACUGGAGCUAGAGCUGCUUCUAGGCAGUGGACGCCCCAAAGCUGUACUGCAAGCUGUGGGGCAGCUGGUACAAAAGGAGCAGUGGGAGAGGGCCCUGGAAGCUGGCCUGGCCCUUGCCCCCUCCAGUCCUCUGCUUCGAAGCGAGAUCUUCAAACUGCUACUGGCUGAGUUUGCCAGACAUCGCCACCUUGAUGCUCACCUCCCACUUCUUUGCCGCCUCUGCCCACCUGAAGUGACCCCAGAAGAUCUCCUUCUUCUACUACAAACACAUCUCCCAGAUGAGGUGGGGCCUCCUGCUCCAUUCCCUGAGCCGGGUGUAGAGCCCCCUCUCACGGUGGGCUUGCUUAAAGCCCUGCUGGAACAGACUGGAGCCCAAGGAAGGCCUUCAGGCCCAGUUCUAAGCCCAUAUGAGGACAUCCUUUGGGACCCAGGCACUCCACCUCCUACCCCACCUCGAGGACCAGUGACUACUCUUUAGACAUCAACAACCCAGGCCUGGAGUCCUAGGAACCAUCUGAACAGGGCUCUUGUGUGACUGACAUAGGAAAUCACUUGCAGGACACAGUGAUCAAGGAAGAGUGCCUAGGAGUUGGAAGGGGCCAAGGUGGAGCCUGUGUGUGCAAUAUUCUUCUCUCACUCUUGGAGAAAACUUAAAUAUUUAUUAAUAUUAAAAUAUACACUUUUUUUGAACAGCUGAGGGUCUGAGGAAAUUGUGAGACUUGGAUAAAUCUGAAUCUGUUGGUAAAACAGACACUUCUAUUCAUGAAAAUAAUGUUUAUGAGCAUUUCAUAUGCCUUAGGCACUCUGUUGGGCUUUAUACAAUCCCUUAUCUGAUGCUUCUCAUUGCUCCACUGGGAAAGUACUAAUGUUAGUCCAAUUUCCAAGUGGUGAAAACAGAAGUCUAGAAAGACUAAGUGACCAAGUAAGUAGAUUAGAAAGUAACUAGUAAGCUACUAGAAAGUAGCAGCUGUAACAUUUGAACCACUUCAUUGUACAACUUGUAGCUUUUGCCUGCUUAUGUGUAUUCUUCAUCCUUGGUUCAAUGCAGGCUUCUCUAACCUCUUAUAAGAAGAGGAUUCUGAAGAGCUCCACCUUCCUUUCCCCAAAACUCUGGGUAGAAACUGUGAUGGGUCCUGAGCCUGUGCUUGCUCCAGGAUUGCUGGAGCAUCUCCUGGCUUUGAGAAGACUUGCCACAGACAGGAGAGCUGCCCACUUUGGCUUAAUAACAAGAAUCACAGGGAACAGACCUACUUGGAGGCCAUACAUUUCCUACUGGCUUCUUAAGUCAAAAAAUAAAAGUAUG